AUGUUGAGCAGACUCAAUCCGAGAAACUUGUCGUUAGUUCGCAAUGUUGCUACCGCUGCUACUCAGGAGAGACAAAAAAUCAAAGUAGAAAAUCCAGUUGUCGAUUUGGAUGGAGAUGAGAUGACUAGAAUUAUCUGGAAGGAGAUCAAAAAUAAGCUGAUUUUUCCGUAUCUGGAUCUCGACAUCAAGUAUUAUGACCUUGGACUCGAAUACCGAGACGAGACAAAUGAUCAGGUUACCGUCGACGCAGCUCAUGCGAUUCUGGAGCACAGCGUCGGAAUCAAAUGUGCCACCAUCACCCCGGAUGAGGCUCGUGUUAAGGAGUUCAAGUUGAAGAAAAUGUGGCUCUCACCAAACGGAACCAUCAGAAACAUUCUCGGAGGAACUGUGUUCCGUGAGCCGAUUCUCUGUGAAAACAUUCCAAGAUUAGUGCCAGGAUGGACUCAGCCAAUCACCAUUGGGCGUCAUGCAUUCGGAGAUCAAUACAAAUGUACAGACGUGGUGAUUCCAAGUGGAUCGACUCUUGAAUUGGUUGUCAAUAACCCAGAUGGAUCAAAAGAUAUUCAUAAGGUCUACGAUUUCAAGAACUCUGCAGGAGUUGGAUUGGCUAUGUAUAAUACUGAUGAGAGCAUUAAAGGAUUUGCUCACUCUUGCUUCCAAUAUGCACUCAUGAAGAAAUGGCCAUUGUACCUCUCCACUAAGAACACAAUUUUGAAGAAGUAUGACGGACGUUUCAAGGAUAUUUUCCAAGCUAUCUAUGAGAAGAAGUACGAGGCUGAAUUCAAAGACAACAAAAUCUGGUAUGAGCACCGUUUGAUUGAUGAUCAGGUGGCUCAAGCUCUUAAGAGCUCUGGAGGAUUUGUGUGGGCGUGUAAGAACUACGACGGAGAUGUUCAAAGUGAUAUUGUUGCACAAGGUUACGGAUCGCUCGGUCUCAUGUCGUCAGUUCUAAUGUGUCCAGAUGGAAAAACUAUUGAGGCAGAAGCUGCCCACGGAACUGUCACACGUCAUUAUCGUGAACACCAAAAAGGUAACUCAACCUCCACAAAUCCAAUCGCUUCUAUCUUUGCCUGGACCAGAGGCCUUCAUCACAGAGGUGUUCUCGACAACAAUGAAGCCUUGAAAACUUUCUCCUUGACACUCGAAAAAGCUUGCAUCGACACUGUGGAGGAAGGAAAAAUGACAAAAGACCUCUCAAUUUGCAUUCAUGGCUCCAAUAAGGGAGCCGAGAAAGGAGCGUAUCUGAUCACCGAAGACUUCCUUGCCGCCAUCGACACCAGAAUGGCUGAACUCAUGCGUCAGAAGAACUAG